CAAUUCAGAACUUAUGGCCGAUGAAAAACCGUGUUCGGAAUAAUUUUUCUAUGCGGCGACAGAGGCCUUUACAUACCCUUAGUAGGACUAUCGAUUGCAUAUAGUCAAACUUUCCCGGCUUUUAGCUCCUGUAAUACUGGGCGGACCUGUGCGGAAGUACCCAAAGGUAGUUUACAAAAUCCUGAAAAAUGGUUUAGGCGAAAAAAUGAUUUAACAGUAACUCAAAAAGGCUUCAGAACACUCCUCUGAAAUCCUUUUUUCUCCUAAACCAUUUUGAUGGUUUUGAAGGCUACCUCUUUAUUUCGAGAGUACAUGGUUUCCUGCACCAUGAUCGAGAGCAAGGACCAGCUCACACUAUUAGCUCUACUGAACGAUACUUAAUGAAGUGAAAUAUGUCUUAAAGGCUAGCAGUUUUUCUCACUCUCAAUAUUCACUAUGUUGUGAUGUACAAUACAGCUUCUCCGGCGAGUUCUCGUGGCUUUCCGGAAAGCUAGUACGUGGAUAGUGAAGUGUGCGUGGGGAGCUCCAGUAAUUGGACGAAAGAACUCUGCGUUAGGCUAGCCUUCUGGCCGGAGCUGCAGUUGAUGACUAAUAACGAGAUGAGUAACCAUUACUGGAGGGAAGAUAUCGGGCCAUUGAAAUUACCACGCAGUAUCCCACACCUGUCACGAUGUUUAGUCGUUUUUUCACUCUGCUUAGUCACUAUCAACGUAGUAAAUACUCUGGUAUCGUUUCUUAGAAGUUACCACACAACAAUGCGGAAAGUCAAAAGACGUAAGUUUUCCAGUUCUCAAUACAGAAAUUAAUCGUUUUCUCAAGAAUUCCAUAUAUACUGCAAUCGUACCAGCCGAUUAUUUCGAAGGAAGAGAACGCGAUCAGUUAAUAAAUUGGUUUAAAUUUCUCGUUUCAUCAUCUACAUUAGAAUCUGAUGAACUGGAUACUUGUUUCAGUAGAAUUGUUGAUGAACCGCUUACUGAUAUUAAUCUUUUAAAUGAAAUUAAUCAAAACAAAUCAUUGAAAGCAUAUAUUAUCGAUAGUUUAAAACGCUAUCACGCUUUAAAUGACGUUAGAAAUGUUUUAGCAUGUUUAAACGUGGAGAGUGAGCCAGAUGGUUCUUCUGAAAGUAAGAAAGAAUUUAUUCAAGGAUUUAUUGAUACUGUUGAAACGAUCACAUCAAACGUACUGUUAGUUACAACAAUUGAGUCAAUAUCUUAUGAAAGUCAACGUUAUCUGAGUAAUUUUAUUAAAAGAAAUGAUUUACCAGUACCCCUAUCAUAUUACAUUUAUGAUAAAUUUGAAAAUAAAGUACAUUACAAAAUCAAUUUUAAUUUACUUGCCGAGAUUCUAUGUUUAACAGAUGAUAGAGUUCUAUUACAAUUCGGUAGUGCGUCAGCAAGUGGACGCGGUAAAUCGAGUAUGUUAUUAUAUUUAUUUCGAGAUAAACGCAAAGAAUCUCUAAAUAUUGAUGACGACGAAAAAUUACAUUCUUGCUGCAUUGAUACACUGUUUGCACACGAUUAUGAUAAACAUUCAUAUGUUAUAUUCGAUGUUCAUGGAACACUUGUAGAUAAUAUCAAUAGAGAUUUAGUAAACUCUAUUCAGCAUUAUGCAUCAGUACAAAUUAUAUAUGUAACAGAAUUAGAUUUAAGCACCGAUUUUAUACCAUCCGCUAUUAAUGGGUCAACAAAACCAACAAUUAUUGCCAUAUUUGAUUCAAAUUAUGGUAAAGAAAUUCAAGCAAAUAAACUUGUGGACGAAUUUCGAUCUCGUCACUGUACUAAAAAGUGCUCAAAUGUUCACUGGAUUACACUUCCAACUUUUCAGACCACUAAAAGAAAAAAUCAAACAUUUGAUACUACUCAACGAGCCGAUCGUUUACGACGAACAUUCGAAAGUGUAUUACAAAAGUUAGAAUCUGAUAUUAAACAACAACCAAAGUUUCGUUCAUGUUUUUCUAUACAAUCCUGUUUUCAAUCACAAGUUCCAAAAGUUAUUUAUUUUGAAAUAGAAAAUAGAUUACAAAAAUUAUUUGGUAGUUUAACGAGUGAAACGCCCGAUCUAUUAUUAAUGGUAACACCAGUUAGCCAUUUACAAGCAAAAAUUGAACAUUGGAAAUGUUAUAUUAAAUCUGAUUGGAAAUUACCAACACGUGAAAUUAAUGACAAAAUAAAAAUAUUAGAAAAACAAUUGGAUUCAAUUGAGAGUAUAUCAGAAUAUACAAAAUUUUUUAUUGAUUUAUUAAAUAAGCAUUCGUAUAUUGAACUAUUAAUAACUGAAAGAUAUUUGGAACAAUGGCGUUCCAUUUAUGAACCCAGUUUGAAAGCUAAGACAUAUACUUUAAAAGAAAAAAUGAGUAAAUAUAAUGGUGAUAUAAAACGAUUCGAGAAAUUACUGUUCAAUAAUAAACAAGAAUCUAAUCAGGAGUCUAAACAAAAUCAGACAAAUGAACUGAAAUUAUUAAAAGUGGAAUAUUCAAAAUUACAACAACAGUUAAAAGAUAUUAACAAUAAAUUAAUAAAUAUUGACUUGACCAUAGGUUUAUUUUGUGAUGAAAUACUAGCUUUAUAUGACUUUUUACAAAUAAAAAAGUCAGUUAUAUUUGACAGUUACAAAGAGUCCUUUGAAAAAAUAUCCCAUCGUAUGGCACAAUUAAUGUACAAAGGAUUUGCAUUACACAUACUGCGUGAAUGUCAACAACCAGUUCUAAUGACUGUUAUUGGAGAACAAAGUUCAGCUAAAUCAUCGUUAUUAAAUUCAACGUUUGGUUGUAAUUUUCGAGUUAGUGCUGGCCGUUGUACAAUUGGAAUGUAUUUAAGUAUUGUUCUAUGGAAACAAUUAACAAUUAUCAUUCUUGAUACUGAAGGUUUAUUAUCACUGGAAGAAGCUGGUUCAAUAUUUGAUAAUCAAAUGGUAUCGAUGGCUACGUUAUCAUCACAGCUUGUUUUACUGAAUACAAAAGGAGAAGUUAGUGCUACAUUACAACAUCUGCUUGGCAUGAGUUUUUAUGCUAAAUUACAAAUAGGUUCAGCAGUAAAACCAAAACUACAAUUUGUUUUACGUGAUCAGGCUGGCACACAACAACACAACCGCACCAACGAAAAUGAUGAUACUAAAUGUCAAAAUCGUACUUUCGUUGAACAAUUAGCUAAACUUAAAGAAAAUCUGUAUACUGACAGUCAGUUUUUAAAAGUAUCGAUUGAUGAUGAACUUGAAAUCAAAAGCAAUAGUAUUAUGUUGUUAACAAAUGCUUUUAAUGAUGAUGUCAAUAAAGAUUUAAAUAUAAAACAAACCUACAGGAGUCAAACUUUUCCAACGGAAAUUAUUGAAUUAAGAAAAAUUAUUUUCGAACAACUAAGUGAUUCCGUAAGUAAAGCGGAACCAGUAUAUACCAAUAUUGAAAAUACAUUUAAUAAAUUGGCGACUAAUUGGGAAGCAAUAGAUAAGUUAGGUCCAAACCUAUUAGACUGUAAAACAUUACAUGAACUAGCUAUUAUGAAUGAAGUACGCCAUUUUGCUUAUGAUAUAAUUGCAAAAAAAAUUGAUACAUUACAUCAACAAGGGUGUGAGCAAAUGAAAGACAUUUUGGAUAAUCUUUCUGAAACUAUGGCUAGUUGUAAUCCAAAUACAUUUGCACUUAUUACAGAGCGUUAUUCUAAUAGUCUAAAAGUUUGUGGAGAAAAAAUUGCUAGUCAAGCUGAAUAUGAAUUUGAUAUGAAAACUGAGCGAAGUUGUUAUUUACCAAAUAUAAAACAAAAGGUAAAGCAACAUAUUGAACCACAAAUACGCUCACACAAGAAGAAUUAUUGCGUCAAAGUUUUGAGGAUCGUCUAUAUAAAUUAUCCAAAAAAUGCUAGCACAAAAGCUGUGCAUAAAAGAUUAAUAACUAAGGCACAAGAAGCAUUCAAUCAACGAAUGGGUGAUGACGUCAACGCAGUAAAAAAAGAAUUAGAUGCUAACUAUGAAGAGCUAAUAAACGAAUUACAAGGAACAUUACUAUCAAUGCGUGAAGAUAAAGAAAAGAUUAUUGCAAAAAUACUGUAUACAUAUAAUAUGUUAUUAAAAUCAAAAGUAGCAUCAACAAAAAAAGAUGAUAUUUAUAAUCGAUUAGAAUCAUUGGAAAUAAAUGAUUACCAACGUGGUUGUGAUACAUUAGCAAAUGUGCAAAAGCUAAUGACAGAAAACGAAUCUCAAAAUUCAGAAUCCAAAACUUAUUCAUUCAGCCGAACGUUUCCCUUCGUUAAGCGUACUACCAACCAAACGGUAUCAACUACUGUAUGGGACAAAUUAAAGCAUGAUUUACGAUGGUUUCCUAAUAAUACUACCUCUGAAAACAAUAAACAAAUAUUUUCGGAUAUUAUAUCUUUAGUACUACCUGCAUUAGACAGAGACAUACGGCAACUAAUUAAUGAAGCAAAAUAUUCCUAUCCAACUACAACAAUGUUGUUAGCUCUGAUUGAUUACGUUAAUAAUGCGAUAAAAACGGACGUAAUAAGAAAAAGUUAUAGGAAGUUAAAUUCACAUAAAUUUACAAAUGAUUGUACUUUACUUGGGUUAAAAAUAUUAAUUGAUGAAGCAAUUCGUAUUGAGGAACAAAACUAUAACAAAGAAUCACAAACUUCACUGGACGAAUCUGAUAUAUUAAGCGAAACUCAGAAGGAUAUAUCAAAAAGUAAAUAUAUAAAUCAUGAAUAUAUCCAAGAAGAAGCAUAUACACGUAGUAUCAGACAAGCAAAUGGUGAAAAUAUACUGAAAUAUGUAUUCGAUAUUAAUCGCUAUUUUAUUGAAAUUGGUUUAGAACUAACAUUACCAACAUUGAAAAAUAUUGUUUUAAAUCAGAUAAAAGAAAUCAAUCAACUGAUAUCAGUUAUGAUUCGUAAAGCAAAUCGUAUUGUACAAAGCGAUGCGUGUGAUCAGAGAAUUCAAAUUGUAAAUAAACAUAUACAAGAAGGUAUAUCAAAAGUUGACGAACGAUUAAAAAAGUUUACAUUAUUAGAUGUACUUGACGUCAAAAUUCAAGAUAAACAAAGUUUUAAAUCUGGUUUUUUUACCGUCCUAUCAUUUAUUAAUUCAUUACAAAAAGAAGCAACAGAUUUAACAAAUUAUUUUAAAACAAAGACACUAGCUGAUUGUAAAGUAGCUAUUCAACUUCAACUUGGAUGUCGUGAAAAAUGUCCUGGCUGUAAUGUUAAAUGUAGUGUUGUCGGAACACACGAAACAGUUAUAGUAGAUUAUUUACCGGGUGAGUGUUCAUGUGAAAAAGACGAUUGCCAAUUUAAAAAAUCUAAUCAAACUGUUACACGUGAAGUUGUAAAACAUGAAAGUAACUAUCAUAUUGGGAAAGCUUUUCAUUCCUGGCACCAACGUAUUUCAAAAAAUCCUUCCUUAAAAAUAUGUUACCAAGUUUGGACAAAUUCAACAGUUUAUGUCGAUGAUCAACAUUCUGUUUUAUCACCAAGAUUUUAUAACAUUGUGCAUCCAGAAUGGUAUCAGGAUUUAACACAAAAAGCAGAAACUGGUCCAUAUCGUAAAGAAACAAGAAUGCCCGAAGAUCAACGACGUGCAUGGAUGACUGUUCGUCAAUGUUUAAUCAAUAUUUACGGAAUGGUUGACAUUACCUACGAUGAAGAAUUUUAUCCCCCUAAUGUGGAUGCCUUGCCAGUUGAUUAUACUCCAACAUGGCAUGAUACUGAAAUAGACUGGGGUCAAGUGUAA